AUGCGAUACCAGCAAUUAGUAACUCAUGUCAUCGACCUCAUCAAAUCUUACAAUCCCAUUAUCCUGACUCCAGACUCCCAUUGCGAACAAUACAUCCAGGAAAAUUGCAAGAAACUCUUCGAUACUGAAAUCAUGUUUUUGAAACAAGUUUUCUCAGGAGUACAACGUUAUGAAGAGUUCCUCAAAAUCCUCACCAAAACUAUGUUCACUCUCUUGUCCAGCACAACCAAUAGAAAUGAUGCCACUCUAUAUCACAUCUUCUCCUAUCUCAUUUUGUUUAGAUUGGAUGAACUACCCUACAAUGAAUUCAAAAAGAUGGUCAACGAACAAGACCCAGUCAAAAUGAAUGUCCUCUUGCAAUUUCUAUUUGACAUCGACAAAGUUAUUACGCAUGUCAAACCCCUAUGGAUAGAAAUCUACGAUCCUCAAUACAUCCACGAAACUGUGAUUGGAGGCUUGGAAUAGCACUUCCCCAUGAUGAAAGAUCUAUUGAGUUCUCUGAGUUCGAGAGCCACUGGCAAACAAAGCGAAUUGGUCCAAGAUGAUGAAAGACCUGAAUCAGCUGCAAAAAAAUAACCGACGAAAACUAUGCCCUUCAAAUUGAGUGAAACCAAGAAAAAGCCCGAUCCUCCUCCUCCUCCUAAACCAGAGUUAUACAAAAGUAAACCUGUUCCAAGUAAUCUCAAUAAAAAAACAUUGCAAUAGAUUGAAGAAGACAAUAAGCUUAGAUUUGAGCAAUCUAAAAAAAAGGUUCAAGAAACCUAUAAGGAUGCAAAGUAAUUUGAAUUCAAAACAGAUCUUCGACCAACCAACUAUGAAACUGUCAAAAAGGAGGUCGAAGACACUCUCAAUCAAUAAUUGUAGUUCAAUAUGAAAAUUGCUAAACCUGCCCCUGCUGAUUUAGAGACUGCAGAAAUCAAAUUAAAUGCUGCAGCCAUCUUGAGGGAGGAAAUGCUAUUAAAGAAGAAACAAGAUAUUGAAAGAGAGAGAGUCAAAAAUCUAGAAGUCAAUCUCAGAGAUUCAGGAGAAUUCGAAGAAUGGAAGAGGUAGUAGGAAGAAGUAGAGUAAAUAGCUAGAAUGGAACAUCAACAACAAAAAAAGAUAGAAAUGGAAUUGGCAAGAGAAGCAGCUAUGAGAGCAUAAGAGGAGAAAUUUAAGGAGAAUAGAAUCUUGGCUGAAAAAAUGAAGGUUGAGGCUGUGGAAAGAUUAAAGGAAAGAUAAGAAUUGUAGUAAGAAUAAGUUGAGUAUAAAAAGUAAUUAAUAGAGCAAAUUAUGGAGGCUGAGAAGAAGGUGUAUUUGUAAGUAGAGAAAGUGCAAGAGAAGAAUAAGCAAAUGGCUGAGGAUUAGAAAUUAGAAAUGGCUAGGAUGUUGGAAUUGAAGAGACAGGAAGAUGAGUAAAUUAGAAUUAAGAGAGAAGAGUUAAUUAAAUAAAUUAGGGAGUUAGAAAGGUAACCAAUCAAAAGAACUAAGGGAUAUGAUCCUACUGAAACUAUGGGUUAUGGUCUGUUGGAAGAAAUGUCAUUGGCUGAAUUAAGAGAUAGAUUAGAAGUUGUAAAGGCUGAAAGAAAGGCCGAAGAAGAAGACAAAAGAAAGGAGAUUGUUACUUAGAAGGAUGAAUACUUAUCAUCGAUGUAAAGGAAGGUCCAAGAAAUUAAAGCACAUCGAUAAGCUGAAUCGUAGCAGAAGGACAUGGAGAGAGAAGCUAAGAGGAUGAAAAAGCAAAAGGAGGAAGAGUUGAGAAAAAAGAUUAGGGAGGAACAAUUACUUUAAGUUUAAAAUAAGAUUAGCAACAAAAAGCAAGUCAAGAGUGCUGAAGAACAAAGAAUAGCAGCUGAAAUAGCAAUAUAUGAAUGCUAAUAAGGCUAUGGUGGAAAUGAAAGCUUGGGAAGUCUCAAUAGGAUGGUAUAAUAGAAGAAUAAUUGGUUAGGUUUGGAGAGAGAAAUCAAGAAUAGACAGAAUGAAAAACUUAUUGUAUAAGAGGGAGUCGAAUCGGUGAAUUUAAGGGAGAGGAAGAUCUUGGCUGAGUAAGCUAAGAGAUUAGUGAAGACUAAAGUUGAUUUCAAUUAGGCAUAUGAUAAUGAAUUGAAGACAGCCUAUAAAAUGAAUGACUAAUUGCAUUUAGAGGAGGCUGAAAAUAGAACUUAAAUGCAUAACAUUCAAAGAGAGUGGAAGGAAGAACAUACUAAAAAUAUGAUCACUAGAGAUGAGUAUAAAUAGAAAAUAUCAGAAACUUCAUUGAAAAAUUCAAAAAAAAAAAAAUAAUAAUAAACUAUUAAAUAAGAUUUUAGUAGAUAAUUAGAAUAACUACCUUCAGCUUAGUAUUCUUGA